UGCAGUGCUCACGUCCCUUUCCGGCCGUGGCACCCUACGAAACCUGGGUAUUCCAUUUUUAACCUGCAAAGUCACCGGGAGACUGACAGCUUGUCUGGCUGCUGCCGUGUGUCACGUGGCCGGCAGUGUCACGUGACUCCCUAUGUUGCCUUGACAACAGCUGGCCUGCCGGGACUUUCCGGGAAAGCGCGGGCUCCCGGUUGCAGUGUUUCCAGUGCCUUAAAGACUUUUAGGAUGCCUUCUUUGUGAAGUGAAAAUUACUAACUAUGGCUCACUGUUCCAAAGAAGAGCUCGAUGAAGAAUUUGAACAAUUUAUGAAGGAGCUUUCAGAUGAUUCUUUUGAAAGUUCAAACAAAACGUCUAAACAACCUAAGAAAGAAAUGAAGAAGAAAGACACAAUGCCUUGGUGGAUAACUGAAGAUGAUUUUGAUGAUGGGCUGCUCAGGACAAAUGUGAGCUAUCUGAAGACAAAGAAGACUUGCCAGCCCAUUAUGGACACAGAAGAGGAGUCUGCUGAAAAAGCUCAGUUUCUUAAGAGCAGUGGAACCUCCAUCUUAAGUGUGGACAGCUUAGAAGCCAAUGAACUAGUCGCUUCUGAGCUCCAGCAUAGCACCCUGGGGUUGGGGUUGGACACACUAGAAGAACAAGAAGAGAAAGAGCAGUUCUUUGCCAGACUUGAACAAGGCUUGACAUCUUCUAUUGAUUAUUCCAAAUUAAACCAAGAACUGGAUUCUGAUGACUCCACACAAUUCAGAGCUUUACAUAGCUAUCAGGCUAACACAGAACCCACUGAAGAUGGACAUGAGAAUGAGCCAGAGCAUGAGAGACUGCCAGAAACAUACAGUGAUGAUUUUGAAGAUGCAGAGGAUGUUGAUGCACUGUUGAUAACUGAAGAUGAAGAGACCCAUCCCACAGAAAAAUCUGAGUCAGGAAAAGCACUUGGACCCGCACAGGAGGAAGAGAAAACUGGCAUGCUGGCUAAUGUUGUGCUGCUCGAUUCUUUAGACUCUGUUGAGGAUGCCGACCUUGCUGAUCACAGUAAAGCAACCCCUGAAGCAAAGGCCCUCCCAGAAGUGACUGGUGGUGAACUAGCAGGCACAGGUGUUUCUUACGGACAGAGCAGUGGUGACACAGAAGCCCUGCAUCGGGCUUACUGUCACAUAGCUCAUUCUCUGGGAGACACAGGCGAACCAAGAAUUGAGCCUAGCUCUGUGGAAAAUGUCAAGAGCUCAGGAAAAGAUCAUCUUCAAGAAAAUGAAGAGUCUUCAAAGAACAUCUCUACCACAGAAUCCGAUCUGCCCACAGUAGAGGAGCUGAUGAAACCCAUCAGGAUAGACUCCUACGGGGCCGGUGGCUUUGACUUGCCACCCAUCAGCCUUAAGAAAGCAGCUGACAGUAAGGAAGAGGAACCUGUGAGCUCCUUAUUCCUUAAAGUGAACGUAAGCACUCUGUCUCAAGAUCCCACUCCCGUGAGCCAGUUUCCCUACAAACACGAUGAGAGUGUGGCUUUGCACAAGACAGCGGGUGAGAGCGUGGGUGGUGGCUGUCCAGCAGCAACUGCUAUGGAAGAGCGUUUGGACAAAAUGUACCUUGAGAUUUUGAAGAAAAAAACAACUGUCAACUCUUCACUAUUACCUCAGGAUGACAAAACUAAUCGGACUUCCAGGACUCAGCUCAGUGCUGGGGAAGAGGGACCUGUAACUGGUAAGCAGGUUCCAUACAAGAAGGCCAGAAGUGCACCUCCUUUGCUUAAGAGAAAGCCGCAGAGUGGUCUGUACACAUCAGCUCGGAGCUCAGGCUAUGGCAAGCCCACUUCGCCACUCCAGUUAUUUUCUACUUUUGAAAAGAAAACUUCAAAGGACAAUACAAAAAGUAAAAAUGUGAGAUCCAUUCCCACCUCAAAUCAGUUUAGGAAAAAGGAAAUACUAUCUGGAACAAAACUCAUCAAGCCUGCAGCUUUGAGUAGACCAUCCCCCCAAAGUGAAGGUAGCCUAGCUACACCUAAGCAGCCUGAAGAUCCCACAGCUGACUCCUCUGUCCAGUUUCCGACUGAGCCUCUAGGACCCUCUGUUGGGAAUGGAGAAAAAGAAUCAUUGAUGUUGAAAAGAGCUCAGGAUGCGGAAGAAAAGUGGAGGGGUGCACAAGCCCUAAUUGAGCAAAUUAAAGUCACAUUCUCAGAAAAGGAGAAGGAGCUAGAGAACACACUGGAAAACCUCAAGAGACAGCAGGAAGGAGAGCUCUUCAAACUGAACCAAGAAAAUUACAUUCUUCAGACCAAGUUAAGUAGCUUUGAAGAAACAAGCAGAAAACAGAGAUGGCUACAGCUUGGAGAAACAUCAGAUCCCGUCACUGGAGAAAAGCUGAAGCAAAUCCAAAAGGAAAUACAAGAACAAGAGACACUUCUUCAAGGAUACCAGCAGGAAAAUGAAAGGUUGUAUAAUCAAGUAAAAGAUCUCCAGGAACAAAAUAAGAGAAAUGAAGAGCGAAUGUUUAAGGAAAAUCAGAAUUUAUUUAGUGAGUUAGCCUCUUUAAAAGAACAGAUGCACAAAAAUCACUUCCUGUGUCAAGCAGUUGAAAAUGCAGAACCCAUCAGAAACCAGAGUUUUACAGAUCUGCUAGCAGAAUUACGAGUGGUGCAGAAAGAGAAAAACCAUCUAAUGGAAGACAUCAAAAGACUGAAGCAAGACAAACAGGCUCUUGAAGUGGACUUGGAAAAAGCGAAGAAAGAGAGGGACCAAGCCAAAGAUCAGAUUGCUUAUGCCACAGGUGAAAAAUUAUAUGAAAUAAAAAUUUUAGAAGAAACACAUAAACAAGAAGUCAGUCGUCUGCAGAAGCGGCUACAGUGGUACGCCGAGAAUCAGGAGCUUCUAGACAAGGAUGCGGCCCGUCUCCGAGAGGCCACUGAAGAAGCUGAGAAGCUGAAACUAGAGAUUGAAAAACUGAAAACUGAGUCUGGGAGCCCAGCCACUCAGCAGAGGUUACGCUCGAAGGAAAGAGCUCUGGAUGCCAAAAGAAUUCAGGAUCUGGAGCGGCAGGUCAAAGAAAUGGAAGGGAUUCUGAAGAGAAGAUACCCCAACUCCUUACCUGCUUUGAUACUGGCUGCCUCGGCAGCUGGUGAUUCCGAAGACAGAAACACAGUGGAGUUUAUGGAGAGAAGGAUAAAAAAGCUAGAAGCUGAUCUAGAGGGCAAAGAUGAAGAAGCAAAGAAAAGCCUGCGCACCAUGGAGCAGCAGUUUCAGAAAAUGAAGAUCCAGUAUGAACAGCGGCUGGAGGAGCAGGAGCAACUGCUCGCCCGCAGACUGAAGGAAGCUCCACAGAACCAGCGCAACAGCUCAGCCAGGCUUAAGGCACUUGAGACUGAACUUGGGGAAGUAAAGGAAGCCCAUGAGGUCACUGUAAGAAAGCUAGAAGCUGAAAUCGAUGCUCUCAAGCAUCAGAAUGCUGAGUUACAACACAAGAAGAAUGACAAAGAGGAUCAGGAACUCCAGUCCCUAGAAUUCCAGGUAGAGCAGGCACACACUAAAGCAAAGCUGGCAAGACUCAACGAAGAGCUGGCCGCAAAGGGGAGGGAGAUCCAGGACCUUUCGAGAACUGUGGAGAGGCUCCAGAAGGAGCGAAGAAUGAUGCUGUCUAGACAGGGCCCCAGGAGCAGAGAGGAAACAUCCGCCAAACGGGUGAAGAAGGAAGUUCUGCACCCCAGCAGAGGGAAUGCAAACUCCUUCUCUGGAACCCUACAUGCCAAACUGUACCACCCACACACCUUCACUGAUUCCCAUGUUUCAGAGGUUUUACAAGAAAACUGCAGAUUGAGAAAAGAACUAGAGGGGUUGAUUUUAGAGAGGAAUAAGCUGAAGACGGAUUCUGAAACAGCAAUGUACCAGUUUGAAAACUCCAUGAAAAGGGUCAAGGACGACGCUGCAGCACACAUUGCAUCACUCAAAGCGUCUCAUCAGAGGGAAAUGGAGAAACUCCUUUGCCAGAAUGCACUAGAAAAUUCCUCUUCCAAAGUAGCUGAACUGAAUCGCAAAAUCACAACUCAAGAGGUACUUAUAAAACAUUUCCAAGGUCAAGUUAAUGAGCUGCAGGGUAAACAAGAAUCCCUUGCAGUUUCUCAAGUUCGAGAAGAAAUCCUACAGAAACAAAUUACAAAGCUCUUGGAAGAAUUGAAAGAAGCCAAAGAAAACCACACACCAGAGAUGAAACAUUUCAUGGGCUUAGAAAGGAAGAUCGAGCAGAUGGAAAUGAGACACAAGCAGAGAGAGCAGGAGCUCCAGCAGAUAAUACAGCAAACACGCCAAGUGGUAGAAAGUGAGCAAAACAAGGAAGUUGAGAAGUGGAAGAGGCUCGCGCAGUUGAAGAACCGGGAGCUGGACAAGUUCCGCACAGAACUGGACUCCAUCCUGGAUGUUCUGCGGGAGCUGCACCGGCAGGGGGUGGUUGUGCCAGUUGCUAUUGCAGAUGAAGUGAAUACUGCAGAGUUUUAGUGGGAACCUCAUUGGAAAGCAGAUGGAAAUGUGCCACUGUCGGGACAGCCUCUGAAAGAUAAAGUUCUACCACACAGACAUGGGUGAGCAGCACCAGUGUAACAUCAGAAUAAACUGCCCCGGACCAACAAGGACAAGAACAUACGUCAUGGUGUGUUUUACUGAAAACCCUAACCUAAUCAUAUUGGAGAUGACUUGUGAGCAGGCUCUGUAAUGUCAGAAGACAAGACUAGCAAGGCUUUCUGCAGUAGGGCUCGCUCCCGACCUGCAGUGGAGGGGAAGCCAUGUCUUAUAGAUGAGCUUUUCAUUUUCCCUAUGACAGAAAAUCAGCUUUCUCAUGAACAGGGGAAAGGAACGUGAGCCUCUGUGCUGGGGACAGUCUCACCAGCUGUCAGCUGAGCUGCAGAGCCUCUUCAGUAACUUAGAUGACAGUGGUGACCUCUGUUCUCACGGGCUUUUUGGACCUGAUGGAAAGUGACAACUAAUGGUACAGUUUGGUGUAUCCAUUACUGUAGGUCAGAUCUAGUAACUGACAGUCCUAAUUUUUGGCAGCUCUAAAGUUAUAAACGAUAACAGAAGUUUUACCUUUUCUAUUGAAAAAGAAAUAUUAUGUCCAUUAGAAAAAAUAAAAAUAUGAUAAAAAUAGCUCUAGCUUAUUUAACAAUCUCUUUUUAAAAGCAGAUCAGGAACGUGUGACCCAGCGGUAAAUCAAAGAUGUGGCCAGUUUUCUUCGUGUCUCCACCCAUCUGCCUUACAGCCCCUUGCUGGAGAGCAUGCUGUCCAUGGAGACACAGCACACUUGGUGUCUGCGCUGGUUGCUCCCAGCCAUCAAGGACAGCAUAGGAGCUGCACAGUAAAUUUUAAUUUUUAGUCACUUUAAAAUGUAAAAAAAAAAAAUAAAGCUGUGAACUAAGUCAUUAGAACACAAUUUACAUCAAUAGCACAUUUAGGUUUGGCCUACAUUCCAGCUGGAUAUGCCAGUAAAUACAAUUCUGGGGUAAUACUUACAAAAUAGAAUGUUUCGUAAGAGGUAGGCAAACGAGCCCAGUGAUCUUGUGAUCUAAGGAUGUGAAGUGUAUAUAGUACCUGUUAAAUAUGGAAGUGUAAUUAUUGUCUUAAGGCCAAUAUUUUGUAAUGUGUUUUCUUUCUGAGAGGGGAGUAAAAACUGCAUUUUUAAAAAUUUUUUUCUUGUAUGAUAUUUCAGAAUUAUAAUACAGAUAAUUUAUUUUAUUA